UCAAUAAUCUUAAUGUUUACCCAACAUCAAGUCACCAUUAGAAUAUCAAGUUUAGAUCUUAUCACGAUUAUUCACUAUCAAGCCGUCCGGACAUUACUUACAGUAUGAGAACGACUCAGGACAACUCGUCGAUUACACCGACGACGGUAUCCUUCGGGAAACAAAUGCGCCAGGCUCACUUUAACUUUGCUCCCUCGUACACCCCGCUGAAUCACGGAUCCUUCGGGUCUUUUCCCUCGGGGGUUCGAGAGCAUCAGCGGCGGCUGCAACGCGAAACUGAGGCGAGGCCAGAUACAUUCAUACGCUUCGAAUAUCCUGGACUCUUGCGGGAAGCAAGGGAAGUCGUUGCCCCGCUGUUGGGAGCAGAGACCGACGAAGUAGUUUUUGUUCCUAACGCAUUAACGGCAAUCAACACUGUCCUAAGGAACUUGACGUAUCGCGAUGGCGACGUCAUAGUAUAUUUUAGUACGAUAUAUGACGCAUGUCACAAGACUAUUCAAUCUCUAGAGGAGACUACUAGAGUUAGAGGACAUUGCGUCGAGUUAGUGUACCCGAUUGAGGAUAAUGAAAUCCUCGAUAAGUUUCGCUCCGCAAUCCUCGAGGUCCAGAAUCAAGGCAAGUCGGUCAAACUGGCUCUGUUUGAUACUGUCCUCACCUUCCCCGGAGUGCGUUUUCCGUGGGAAAGUCUGGUACCUAUAUGCAGAGAAUAUAGGAUUCUGAGUUGCAUAGAUGGUGCACAUGGGAUAGGUCACAUCGAUUUGCGACACGCCUCUCAAGUCGGACCAGAUUUCUUCAUUACAAACUGCUACAAAUGGCUUAUGGUGCCUCGUGGGUGCACGGUGCUCUACGUACCUUAUCGUAAUCAAGCUCUGAUUAGGACGACCUAUCCAACCGGUGAAGGUUAUCAACCAGUUGAGCACCGCGUGGAGAUGUCCGAAAGGAACUAUUUUGUCAACUUGUUUGAGAAGGUGUCUACGGUAGACACUACUCCGUAUAUAUGUGUGACAGAAGCGCUCAAGUUUAGAACCCAAGUUUGCGGCGGCGAGGAGAACGUGCGCAACUAUAGCGUGAAUUUAGCAAAAGAAGGCGGCGAGUUGAUGGCAGCAAUCAUGAGAACGGAAGUCCUCGAGAACCGAGCGGGGACACUUCGAGAUUGCUUCUUUACUAACGUGAGACUACCCUUAGACGUAGUAGCAGGGGAGUCGCAAGAGAAUCAAACGGGUAAGGUUCUAGCUCGAGACGGGCAGGCAGUAGCCGAUUGGAUUACGAAAACGACUGUUGAAGAGUAUGAGACUUUCAUAGCGACGAGAUACUACGCCGGCGCGUUUUGGGUUAGGAUUUCUAGUCAGAUUUACCUUGACCGGGCGGAUUUCGAAUGGGCUGCUAAUGUCUUGCUUGAACUUUGCGGCCGUGUGAGAAAAGGCAUACGGCCGUCGAAGCAGAGCAAUAUGAUUGUGGCCUAAUAAUAGCCAACAGGAGAGAGAGCCGCUAUAAUGGUGGCUUAUGCAGGUAUAUACUUAGAUAUUUAGAUAGGUUCCAAUAUCCAAAUUGGGCGCCACGGUGAGGUAAGAGUUCCAUGUGUGUUACCAAUUAAUCCGAAUGGCUGACGGAGCUUG